UUAAGAGUCACAACAACUUGUUCAUCUUAAGCAUGCAAUUUUAUUUGUGAUGGGCAGUGGCCUAAUAGUAUUAUCUUUGCAUGCCGUUGUUGAGUUUUUAUCCUUUUAUUCUUCAUGGCUAACUUUUGUUGCCCCAUUGAGAUGGAGCCCAAGACAUUGAAACAAGGUCAACUCAACCUUGCCCGAGAAGUUGCUGUUGACAUUGUACAGAAUACAGAAUCGGGCGAAGCAUCAAAUCUAUUUCUAGAGGGAGGGAAGACAGUAGUUCAACUAAAGGAGGCUCUAGUGCUAAUUGAGGAAGCAGAAUCAGCACUACAAGAAGCUGAUCCCACUGGGGAAGUAGUGAAAACAAACGUGGUGAUACAGGCAUCCUGCCAAUGUGCCUGCCCGACCGCGAUAAUCGAUGACUCCCCUGAACAAUCUAAGCUUAAGGAACCACUCUCUGCUCCCUUUUGAGUUUAAUAAAGAUCGAGAUGCAAUAUCUUUAAUUUGCUGCAUGUACUAAUUAAUUACCAGUGUAAUUUUAUCUUAUUGGUUUGUUUAGCAUUAGGUUUCUGAUAUUCGUUUUGGGGUCAGACUAAUUCAGAUUCCUAUAUAGUAAAAUGGAAAGCGCUUUCUGUCGGGAUUUUCUUUUCAUUUUAAAGGCUCGAACCUAACUGUAGCCUUGGUUGUAGUGUUAUGAAACAUCAGCAUUCAAGUGUUCAACCUAAAUGUACUGAUGAUAAAAAAUAUCGUGAAUUCUUCUUUUAAGUUAAAUAGUUUUUAAGAGUUUAUCUUUGAUUACUUAAAAUGUAUAAGAUGAUUAUUACAUAAA